UGUGGAAGUCUCUCUCUCUCUCUCUCUCUCUCUUAUAAAGUCCAGUGAUGUUUUUGUGUUUUCUCUCAGCAGUUUUCUCUCCUGUUGGCUAAAGAGUGACAUCUCUCAGUGGGAGCUGGCAGAGAGUGUGGGCAGUGAGGUAUGCUGAAGCCUCCCAGUAUAUCUGUAAAUCAGGAUGAGCACUACAGAUGGAGCCGGGGCCCCUGAGCGGGAAGAAGAGGCCCGUGUUGUGCAGAUCUACCCCAGGCUGCCCCUGGACACAGCCGCCUACUGUCCCCUGCAGGUCAGCGGCGGGGACACUACGAGGACGGUCAUCCACAAUGCCGUGGUCACUCUGGGCCUGGACACCGACCAUAAGUACGUCCUGCUGGAGGUCAGGGAGAGCGGAGGAGAGGAGAGGUUGCUGGAGCCUGGGGACUGUCUUUUGGAACGAGUCCUGCUGUGGCCACCGAAGACACAGAAGUGGCACCCUCAGAUCCAGGGGUACUACUUCAUCCUGCAGCAGCAGCAGGGCAAGAAUGGAGGCCAACACGUAGAAAGCGGCCGAGACUACGAUGACCUCUGUAACCUCCAAACUGUGAGCGAGGAGAGUAUCCUGAAGGCUUUACGCCAGCGCUUCUACAAGCUUAAAAUCUACACCUACGCCAGCAACAUCCUCAUCGCCAUGAACCCCAAUAAGUUCCUGCCUGUUUACUACAAUCCCAAGUACGUCAAGAUGUACGAGAACCAGCCGCUGGGCAAACUAAGCCCUCAUAUAUUCGCCAUAGCAGACGUGGCCUUCCAUGCCAUGCUGAACAGCAAGGUCAACCAGUGUAUUGUCAUAUCUGGCGAGAGUGGCUCAGGGAAGACUGAAAGCAGCAGUUAUCUCAUCCACUGCCUGACCGCCCUCAGCCAGAAGAUGUACUCCUGCGGGUUGAUUCGCACCAUCCUCGGGGCCGCCCCGGUGCUAGAGGCUUUUGGCAACGCCAGGACUGCAGAGAAUAACAACUCCAGUCGCUUUGGGAAGUUCAUCCAGCUCAACUAUCUGGAGAGUGGUGUCAUCAGAGGGGCGGUUAUUGAGAAGUACCUCCUUGAAAAGUCCCGCCUGGUGUCCAGAGAUAAGAGUGAGAGGAACUACCACGUGUUCUACUAUCUGCUGAUGGGCGCGUCCAAAGACGAGCAGGAGGAGUUUCAUCUAUUAAAGCCUCAAGAUUAUCUUUACCUCAAGCAGGAAGACCUCCACUUAGAUGAGGAGAAACUUGAGCAGGAGUACAACAGGCUCCAUCAAGCUAUGGAGAUGGUUGGCUUCCUGGCUUCCACCAAGAAACACAUAUUCUCCAUCCUGUCUGCCAUCCUGCACCUGGGCAAUGUGACGUACACACUGUCAGAGGACACUGAAGUCCUGGAGGUCGGACCUGCUGAAGUUUUGUCCACUCUGUCUGACCUGCUCAAAGUGAAAAAGGAGCUACUGGUGAAGACUUUGACCAAGAGGAGAGUAGUGACUGCCAAUGCCAGCGUGGAUUCACAGUACACACUACAAGAGGCCCCCACAGUGCGGGACUCCAUGGCCAAGUCUUUAUACAGUGCUCUGUUUGACUGGAUCCUCCUUCACAUCAACCAUGCAAUGCUCAAUAGAAAAGACAUGGAGGUGUCAGUCUCUUGUUUGACCAUUGGUGUCCUGGAUAUGUUUGGAUUCGAAAACCUCCAGACAAACAGCUUUGAGCAGCUGUGCAUCAACUACACCAAUGAGAAACUGCAGUAUUACAUCAACCAGCACAUCUUUAAACUUGAGCAAGAGGUUUAUGUGUCAGAAGGCAUCACCUGGCAAAACAUCAGCUACACUGACAACAGUGACUGCAUUCAGCUGAUCAGGGAGAAGUCAACUGGGCUCUUUGACCUGCUGGAUAAGGAGAGCAACCUCCCUCAGGCCACAGAUGAAACCCUGUUGGACAAGUUGAAGGAACAGCAUCAGGAAAACCCAUUCUUUGUGUCCUCUUCAAAAACAGAGCUCACUUUUGUCAUUCAACACUUUGCUGGGAGGGUCAAAUAUCACAUUAAGGAUUUCCGACAGAAAAACACAGAGCACAUGCGUCCUGAAGUCGUGUCCCUUCUACGGACCAGUAGACGGUCGUUCCUGCAUCAUUUGGUUGCUUCCAGCCCAGAAGCACUGUUCAGAUGGGGAGUCCUCCGAGCCACCAUUCGCAUUCUCACAGUAUUCAAGAACAUGGGACGCCACCGGGCAGAAUUGAUUGCUAGCAGAAAAAGCCCCCGCAAGUCCCUCAAAGACAUGAGAAUGAGCAGCAGUGCUGUGAACAGACUGUCCAGCAACAGCCUGACUCUGGAUUUCUCCUUUGAUCGCUCUGAUGAACUGCCUCUUGACGUAUUUGAGGACAUCUUCGUCAGUUAUGAACAGAGAAAGAAAAGUAGAAGCGGUCGACAGAAGCAGCUCAUUCCAAAGAACCUCAUGGAUCUGCACUCACUCCAGCAUACUGUCGGUCUCACCGCGCAUGACCGAACCAGCAAAUUCAUCUUCCACCCUCAUCGGAAGACAAAGCCCCCUACAAUCAGCUCUCAGUUUCAGGCCUCACUCAGAAAGCUGAUGGAGACGAUUGAAAAAGCCAAGCCUCUCUUUAUCUUCUGCGUUCGCACCAACGCUGAUAAGAGGGAGCUGCACUUUGAUGAUGAACUUGUGCUAAAACAACUAAAGCACACAGGCAUCCUGCAGAUGGUUCACAUUCAGAAGUCUGGCUACAGUGCCAAAUACACAUUUAAGGAAUUUGUUGAGAAGUUCCGUACGUUGCUUCCUAAAGGAGCUACAGGAACGCCGGAGCACAUAACGGAACUGUUUGAUAGGAUGAAGCUGGAUAAGACCACCUAUCAAAUAGGAAAAACACAGGUGUUUCUCAAGGAGAAGCAGAGGCAACUGCUCCAAGACACUCUUAACAAAGAAGUGAUGCGUCACAUCGUCAUCCUGCAGCGCUGGUUCCGCACCUGUCUGAUAAGGUUGCACUUCCGGCAGAAGAGAGAUGCCACCAUGAUUAUACAGAGGAGCUGGCGUGAGUUUUAUGAGAACCAAAACCGAGCUGCUACAGUGAUCCAGACAGCCUGGAGGAGUUCCCUGAAGAGGCCACAGAAUGAGCAAGAGGAUGACGAGAAGACAUCCAAAACCCGGCCUGGACGGGACAGCUUGUCAAAAAAGGAUUUAAAGAGGCAGAGCAAAGUGGAGCUCAGCCCCAGCAGGAACCAGCAGGACCAACCGAGGUCCAGGAGCAGGGAGAAACUAGAGGGCAGAGGAUCCCCUCCCCCUCUCAACAGACCCCUCUCCCUCCCACUGGACCCAAAAGUUGGCAGUAAUGAUGACUCCACCAGCCACUCAAAGAGCAGCCCGCUUCAGCGCUACAAACAUGUUGGGGGCAUCAAGGAGAAGGCAGAGAGGUGGAGGGAAAGACAGAGCGAUGAUUCAAGUCCAGAAUUGCGGCGACGAAUAGACAAUAAGAAAGAUGAUUUUCAGUUCAAAGGGAAGUCCAUGUCUGUUGAGGAACUGUCCAGGAUCAGCUCAUCAGGCUCCGAUAGCUCACCCUCUACCAAUGAGGUAAGGGUGCGUUUGCGCAAGCAGCCCAAACGCAAGCGGCAUUUAGCCUACGCCCGCAGCGGUUUGAUGGUUAACUUUGGGGGCUCCAAGGAGAGCGAGUACUGGAGCUUUCCACUGCCUCCCAUCAGCCCCCAUAUGCCUAGCCUGAAGAGCUCAGCCAGUAGCGUGGAUGUCCGGGCCCACAAAUCCCAGGUCAAGAUACCAGCAGAACCUGAUGGGUCGAGGUUCAGUCUUCCAGCCAGGAGCACCCAUGAGGACUCAAGACAACAGGGAUCUAACCAAUCACAACUCACAUCACCUGAGAGGGUUUGGUUUCUCAGUAAAUUCCUGAAAAAGCGGGCACCUAAAUAUUCCUCGAACACGGACAUCAUCAACACUACAUCCCUGGCCGUCACCCUGCCCAGCUACAGCCCACAUCCCUACCACAGGCCAAACCAGGACAGCGGGAGAAUCAGUCGAAACCCAACCAUUCGAAUCAGUCGCGCCACGCGGGUGAUGCAGUGGGACGCGUCUCUGGACCGUGAGAUCACCGACCCCAAAGAGCUGCGAAACCUGGACGAAUUCCUCGGCAAUCAGGUGAAUGAGCUGCGAAGUAGAAUAAAAGAGCUGUCACAAACAGAGAGCAUCUUCCUCACAGCCACCAUGCAGUUCAGAGAGACCAUCAAAGGCAUGUACUCUGUCCAGAAGCCCCAGAUUGGCUACAAAGAUCUGAUGAAGGGCUACCAAAACAAAGUGAACACACUAGCUGGGUCCAAAAAGAAGGCAGAAGUCUCGCUGGUGGUCAACCUGUUCCAGUCUGUGCUGGACGGCUUUAUUAGGGGCGAGAUAAAACGAGUAGAGUCUGAGCCAGCCAAGACCACCAAGACAGCGAAGAAGAGGAGGAAAAAAGACAAAUGUCCUAACAGUCCUCUGGAUCACCUGUUCAGCACAUACCAGGUGAACAUUAUGCAGUCAUGUGACUUGUGUGGCUCCUACAUCUGGGGAAUGGAGAAAGCCUACAUGUGCAGCGCUUGCAAGUUAAUAUGUCACAAGAAAUGCCUGACCAAAAUCAUCACAGACUGCUCGACACGGUGCGCCAGACAGGACAACAGUGUACCAGGCUCCCUUCACUUUGGGGUGCAGGUGUGUGUCCUCACCAGUCAAGCCAACCCUGUGCCUAAAGUGGUGGAGUUGCUGCUGAUGCAUGUGGAGCUAAACGGCCUCUACACGGAGGGUAUUUACCGAAAGUCAGGCUCAGCCUGUCGAGCGAGGGAGCUCCACCAGAUUCUGGAAACUGAUCCUGAGGGAACAUCUUUAGACAACUACCCCAUCCACACCAUCACAGGUCUGGUUAAACGUUGGCUCAGAGAGCUGCCGGACCCCCUCAUGACCUUUUCCCUCUACAAUGACUUUCUGCAUGCUGUUGAGCUGCCAGAGAGAGCUGAGAGAAUGAGAGCUGUAUACCAAAAGGUUGAUGAACUUCCUCCUGCUAAUUACAACACGUUAGAACGACUCAUCUUUCACCUUGUCAGGGUUGCAAAGGAGGAAGAGCACAAUAAGAUGUCACCAAGCUCUCUUUCUAUUGUGUUUGCCCCCUGCAUCCUGCGUUCACCUGAUAUUGAUGACCCCUUCCUUGGUAUGAAGGAUGUGUCAAAGACUACAAUGUGUGUGGAGAUCCUGAUCGCUGAGCAGCUGAGACGAUACAAUGAAAAAAUGCAGAAUAUCCAGAAGCUGGAAUAUGCAGAGGCCCUGGCUGUCAAUCAGCUCAAACUGAGGAGACAAAACACGAUUGUUGAAAAGCCCUCAGAGCUGGACGUUCCAGAGCAAAUGCAUACGGAUGAAACAGAGAGGACCCUCAUCGAUAGGAUCAGAUCCAUCAAGAAAGAAAAGGUGGACUUGGCCUGCAGGUUACCCGACCUGGAGCAGGAGAAUUCUGACAAUGAACUCAACGACGACUCGUCGUCAAUGAGUUCAUUGUCAGAGAGCCUGGAUGAGCGCCUGGGGAGCCUAGAUUCGGAAGGAAAGGUGACCAUGCGAUCGAAAACCCAGAAACCCAACUGUCCGCCUAAACCUCCUGACCUGGCGCAGAGAGUCAGAAGUCUAAUGGCUCAGACAGAUGACGGACAGAGAGAGUUCGCACUAGGACAAAAGACAGAUGUUACCCAGUCCAUGUGCUUCCUUCCCAGCCCAGACUACUCCUCCCCAACCGACAAGCCCCAAAUCACCAGCAAGACUUUAAACAGGAGCUUCGACGAUCUGGACAUCCCUUACAUCGAUGAUGAUGACGAUCUACCCGCAGCAUAAACGGCAGUUUUAAUAACUGCAAUAUUCUCAGAUAUGUGUUAAUAGAAGACAAAAAAGUAACUGUGCACUUUGUUUUAUGGACAUUUCCAUUCGUCGCUGCUGCUAUGGAAACAAAGUGAUUUGAGAAUUUAUAUAUAUUUAAAGGGAGAUCAUACAUGGGACAGUCUAUUCAGGGUUUUUAUAACAAAUCAGGAGACAGACCCAACAGCCAGGACUGCUCAGCCUCUUUAUACCACUACACUGUAUGCAAUUUUAAACAUAUUCAGAAUUGUAUGGUACACGUUUUAUAAAAGGUAGGUAUUUUGGGACCAGUUCUGUGAAGCUGUGUUUCAUCUGUAGAGAAAAACAGGACAUGAUGAGGAGCAACAAGGGCCUUCUUUACUAAUGGACAUUAUUCUGAGCUCAAUUACUGUGGUACUUGUAUUUGUUCCAGAAAGGUCCGUAAGAUUGUGCAUACUGACAUUGUAUUUUGGGCUCUCGUUGAGUGUAUUGUUUUGUAUCUGAAAUGUUUCAGUUGUGUUUUUCUGCUUUUCGUUUUGCUCUGUUAUAUAAUGACUGAUGGUCAUGUUGCUGCCUUUUUAGACUGAAAAUACUUUCCUCUGUCACUUUUCUUGGUACUGCAAGGCCAUGCCGUUUCACCAAGUAACAACAUUUUGUCUAUACAUGUAGGUUUUUUAAAAAAAAAAUAUGCAUGCCUGUACAUUUUAUAAGGGGUAGGAAUAAUGCAUAUCCUCUGAGUUUGACUUUUGUCACCAACAAAAAUAAACUGACCGUUUUCAGAUGUCUCUGUUUAGAACCAAUAAUGCAGCUUUGAACUCCUUUACUGUAAUAUGUGAGGAAACUGUAAAGUUGAGCUUCAUGAGGGAGUUUUAAAGAGAAAAAGAUGCCCUUAUGUGUCAAUGAGAUUAUAAAUUAAAAUAAUACUUAUAGCAGAUCAUUCUGGGAAAAAUGUUGAUUUUCUACUGACGUGUUAUUCUGAAGAGAAAUGUUGUUGAACUUGUCAAAUUUUCAUUUUGAGUCAUGAAUCUUACUUAAAAGUGAACUCUGAACUAAUGUUACUAAACCUUUUUAGACUACUAACUGGUCAGAAAUGCAUUCUGCUCUCCAGAGAAAGAACAUUUUUAAAUAAAUACUUCCAUAUAAAUAUAUUUGUUAUAUUAUCCUAGUUUGAUCUUCACCAAGUGUGCAUAUCAGAACUCCAAACUUCCAGGUCUUUAUAGUGACUCCGUAUAAAUUUCUUGCAGCUGCACACAUCCUGUGGCAGGUUUCCAGCAAAAAAGGUUUCAUUUUGAAUCAUUUCCCUCCACUUUCUGUUUCCUAUAAUCUAAAAUGUAGUAAUAGUAAACACUCCAUUCUGGCAUGUGUUUUAUGGACCAUAAUUAUUUGUUAACCUAUAAAAGUAUAGAUAUUGUGCUUCAGAAUCCAGUGACGUGUUCUUUUUACAUGGAUUAAUUACAGGUUAAAAUAAUUUCAGUUCA